UGUACUAACCGCUUUCACUCCUUGCUGGUCGCCAUGCCAGUUUGCCCUUGAGUUGUACAUCUGCUAAUCACUCCCGGACGGCGGCGGCGCUAAAGCCUGUCCUUUACUGAAACAGUCGAUCGGCAAGAUCAUCGCCGUUGUGUUGCUUGCCAGAAUCAGAGUCUGCGCUUCUGGCUGCUUGGUAAACGCAUGGCGCCUCCAGGGGAAUUGUCAGCGCGGGCUGCGCCUCCGCCUCGAAUGCCGAAGCUUGCAUACAGAAACCGCUUUCCCACCGAUCAGACAUCGCUCUCUUCCACUGCCUCCGUUACCACUUCAGCUUCUGAAACCCAGUCCAACGACCCCUACCCAGAUCAGCGUCUCUCUACUCCCAGCUCUACGACUACAUCUUCUCCAGUGCGCCCCUCGUUCGAUUCCAAGAACCUUACUUCACCCAGCCUGGCUUCCAAUGUCUCGACACCGAGCUCGUCCAAAUCACCGAAGAAGAAAGCUAAUGCGGUUCUCGGCUUUCUUACGCUGAAGGAACCAUCUCAGUUGGCUCUUGAGCAAUUUGCCGAGCAGCAGCGCAAACAGGCAGCCGAAAAGGGAAGGAAAGCUAACCAGGUAGGAUUGGGCAGCAUAUCUCCACAGAAGCUCCCCCCUACUGUACCUAAGGUCAACUCAAAAUGGGAUGGUGUCCCCGAAUCAGUAAGAACAAGAGACUCAUUCAUCUCGAAAAAGAACAGAAAUAGCAUAUCCACGCAAGCAACCUCAAGGCUCUCCAGUGUCCCUGUUUCCUCAGUAUUUUCCCUAUCUUCGGACGGCAGCCAGAAUCCUCCGAACUCCAUCGCAUCUUCUGCAAACUCUGUGUCGAAUGUACAACUUGACUUAUCGCCUUUUCCGGGAGGGUUUAAUAGUACAAGUCACCGUCGAGAUUCCGGUCCAUCUAUCACAUACACACGAAAAUCCCUCCAACAGAUGAGCUCCCUGUCUAUGUCCUCCCUUCCAGAAAUCACAUACUUCUUCCCUGAUAAUCCGAAUCCAACCGGUGCGCUACCCUGUUCGUCUCAAGAACUGGCUUCCCGAAAUCUGCCUUCAGCCCCCUCAGCUAUAACCAUAGAUGGGGAGGAUGCAAAGUCAAGUAGGAUCCACAGAGCGCCUCGAGUCUUCAAUUUGGAUCCAAUCGAGCCUCUUUCUCGGGGCGAUACUAUAUCGCAUGGUGCAAACAUUGACCCACUCGUCACACUUAAAAUGGCCUCAAAUCCUGAUGGAUUCUUAGCCGGAGAAGCCCAAGAGUUCAAAUUGCCUGACGACGACGACGAUGAGGGGGAGGAGGAGGAGGGUUCAACUGAUGAACUGCAAGACUUCAUUGAAUGCGAUCCAGUGACUGACCAGAUCCCGACACCCUCUCUGGUUAAUAAAACUAAACUCACCCCGUCAAUUGGGACUCCAAGCCCGACGACAAUGAAUUUCAGUCGGCCGCUGUCAAUACAAGUCCCGCAGAUAGCUGCAGACGUUUCAAGUUUGUUAGCAAUCACAACCAGACCGAUUUCGUCGGAGUUGCCCACCGUGUACGAGGCCUCUUCAAGCAACGAUACUAUUGCUCCCUUGGCCAAUCACGAUGGUCCACCCAAAGACAGCGAUGUUAUCUCGAUCGCUCCUUCGGUUACUCCCUCGGAAAUGUCGGCUUCCUGGUAUCGGUCACCUCGCGAGCGACUCGGCUUAGGUGGUCGCAUCCGAAAGAAUGACGUCCUACCCUGGGAGAGCCAUGGCGAGGAACUGGCACCAGAUUUGGCAGGUCAUUCCUCGAGCAGGCCCGAAGCAAGCACAAGGGUAAAGCCAAACGAGUGACCCUCUCAUCGCCGUGGCUGCGCAAGGAAGGAUCCUCUACAGAGCACAUGGAUCGAAUUUCUCGCUUCCUGCGUUCAGCAUUCUCUUUCUAGCGUGCUAUGUUCAUCGUUCAGUCCGCUCAACAACAACCGCCAGCCUUCCAUUGAUGUUUUCGAGCGAAUGACCAUC